CCGCCUCUACUGCAGUCGUUCCAGAAGUAGCUGUGACCUUCCGCCAAGUUUUCGCCACUUCGAGGAGGGGGAGGGGACCGGAGUAAUCUCCGCGAUUUCAGGCGAGGUGGGCUUUGAUGACUAGAAAGCAAUACCCGUGAUUAUAAGUUGUGAACUCUAUAUUAAAAAAGACAUGGAAGCACAUACAUCUGUUGACAUGUUUGCAAAAGUCCUGGAGAAUCAAUUGCUUCAGACAACCAGCAUUGUGGAACAGCAGCUGGACGCUGAGAUUCAAAAAUUGGAUCAGAUGGAUGAGGAUGAUUUGGAGCGCCUUAAAGAAAAGAGACUCGAAGCACUAAAGAAAGCACAACAGCAGAAACAAGAAUGGCUUUCAAAAGGACAUGGUGAAUACAGAGAACUUCCUAGUGAGAGAGAGUUUUUUCAGGAAGUCAAGGAAAGUAAAAAAGUAGUUUGCCAUUUCUACAGAGAUUCCACAUUCAGAUGUAAAAUACUAGAUAAACAUUUGGCAUUAUUGGCCAAGAAGCAUUUGGAGACCAAAUUCCUGAAACUAAACGUGGAAAAAGCACCUUUCCUGUGUGAAAGACUUCGUAUCAAAGUUAUUCCCACCCUAGCUCUGGUGAAUGAUGGGAAAACAAAAGAUUAUGUAGUAGGUUUUACUGAACUAGGGAAUACUGAUGACUUCACCACAGAAACUUUAGAAUGGAGACUUGGCUGUUCUGAUAUUAUUAAUUACAGUGGAAAUUUGAUGGAACCACCAUUUCAAAGCCAAAAGAAAUUUGGAACCAACUUCACAAAGUUAGAAAAGAAAGCCAUCCGAGGAAAGAUAUAUGAUUCUUCUGACUCUGAUGAUGACUAGAACUCUGCCAUAAAUCUUUGUAAAUCAUCUUUUGUUUCUGUGUAAUUCAAUUCUAGGAAUGUUUUCUAACACCUAUUAUUUUCAAUACAUUUGAACAUAAUGCUCAUUUUCUAUAAAGUUUUAUACAACUGGAUCAUGGAAGACAUCUUAAAUGUUUUCUUUUUGGAGAUCAUUUUGAGGCUGAAGAGAAUAUCUGAGCACUUUGGGAUUUAAUAGUUGAAAGUGACUGAAUUUUUUGUUUCUGAGAUCAAGAUUUAUUUCCAAAUGAGUUUUCUGUAACCUACAUCUAAAUGUGUUUAUACCAUUCAUUAUUAAUUUCAAACUAGCCUCAUGGGGAACAAGUCCAGGAGUAGCUUUUAAAUAGCGUUCUUUACUUUGUAGAGCCAUCUAUACAUACUCCAGGCAUUGACUCGUCACCAUUGCACUCUUCAUUUAUGAAGACUCUUUCACUUCUGGGACAUUCCAAAUCGGCUGUCUAAAAACUGCCUGUUUAUCAAACCCUUAGCUCUGUGUGGGAAAAUUGAUUUUGACUGAUGACAAAUGGGAAAAUAUUGCCUUAUUCAAAAGAUUAGAUUUUGUCAUUUUAGCUUCCUUUUGUAUGUUUUGAGACAAAUUAAAAUGUGAUCAAGUUAUUUGGUAAUCAGCAUAUAGAAAAAAUAAUUCGGCAAGAGCAUUUGAAUAGGAUUCCCCUCAAGUAAUAAAACCCUGGCACAGCCUCCUUCUCCCCUUUGAUCCUUUAUCCCAAAACACACAGGGCAGUGAAUGGCUUUGCCAGGGGCAGUCUUGCAAUGCACGAUAAGAUCAUACAUUUGAAGAGCCACAAGGCCAUCUAGCCCCAACCCCUUCUUUGAUAGAUGAAACAACAGACGUAUAAGUGACUUGUCCCAGGUCACAUAUAGUAUGUAGAGUAUGUGAAAGAGAUGAGAUUUGAAACCAUAUCCUCUGGUUUCAAGUUCAGUGUCCAGAAUGGUCCCAAAUUGCUUCUCAAAAAACACCUUAAGUCAGUUCUUUGACAUUUCUUUUUUUUUUUUUAACCCUUACCUUCUCUCUUGGAAUCAAUACUGUGUAUGGGCUCCAAGGCAGAAUAGUGGUAAAGGCAAGGCAAUGGGGUUUGAGUGACUUGCCCAGGGUCACACAGCUGGGAAGUGUCUAAGGUCAGAUUUGAACCCAGGACCUCCCAUCUCUAGGCCUGGCUCUCAAUCCACUGAGCUACCCAGCUGUCCCCAUCUUUGAUAUUUCUUAACAUCAUUACUUGGGACUUUUAUUUGACAUCAGUAAGAGAAAUAAAGUAAUCUAUGCUAGUGUUCAAUGUCAUGGUUUUUAACAUCUGCUCUUUAGAGCAGUACUUUGCCUUUCUUGAAGGAGCUUUUGGGGACCAGGCAUGGAUCCUGAAGUUCAAGUGCUUAGUUAUCUCAUAUGAUUGUAGACUGAGGAGGUAGUUAGCAGGUUUUCCAGAAGCAGCUCUAAACAAGUUUGAAUCUGCUCCUGGAACUCAGCCUGACACUUUAGCCUUUCUAUCAUACCAUAGAUUCCCUGCCCUGUCCCGAGAGACAAGUUUUCAUUUAAGCCCACUAAUGCUGUAGCCACACAUUUUUCUCUACUAAUUAAUGGGAAAUAAAUUGAGCUUUAAAAAGGCAAAA